AUGGCGCCCCAAAAAGAUUUCCACCACCUCUACACCUCGAUGGCCGACUUCGUCACCUCCUGCAUGUCCGCCCACGAUCCCUCCCACAACCCCGCCCACGUCCACCGCGUCGUCACACUGGCCCGCACAAUCCUCGAGAAGGAACAGCUCGCACACCCCGAAAUCACCUACGACGCUGACCUCGUCAAACUCGCCGCCUUGCUCCACGAUAUUGGGGACAGGAAGUAUUUGACGCAGGUUGCUGCGGCGACAUCUGCGGCGGGGGAGCGGCACCAGCAGCAGGCGGCGGUUGAUCCGGGCAGGAUGGUGGAGCAGGCGCUGCUGGCGCAUGGGGCGGACGCGGCGCUCGCGGCGAGGGUGCAGACCAUCGUGACGCAUGUGUCGUACUCGAAGGAGGUUAAAGAUCCUGCGGCGGUGCGGAGAUUGAUCGACGAGGAGGGGUAUGUGGAGUUGGCGGUGGUGCAGGAUGCGGACCGGUUAGAUGCGCUGGGAGCGGUGGGGAUCGGGCGGUGUUUUACGUUUCUGGGGGCGCAGGGGAAGAAGUAUCUUGGUCCUGGGGAGCCGUGGGAUAUGAAUAAUGCUAUAGCUCACUUUCAGGACAAGCUGGUGCGGUUGGAGGGGAUGAUGAAGACGCAGACGGGGAGGGAAAUGGCUCGCGUGCGGACACAGCGGUUGGUCGAGUUCCGCAAGUGGUGGGAAGAGGAGAUGGAGGAGGCAACCCAUAUUCCUUGA